AUGGCCUUCACUUGCAUCAGAGCUUCUUCUUCUUCUUUCACUGCCACGCGUCUUUUAGUGUCUGUUUUCAUAUUGGGUUGGGCUUCUCGGACCUGUUCCGGGUUCGGGUCAUACGGGUUCGAUAUCCACCACCGAUUCUCGGAUCCCGUCAAGGCAAUUCUGGGUUCCGAUGAGCUGCCGGAGAAGGGGAGUGCAGAAUACUUUGCUGCUAUGGCGCACAGAGAUCGCUUGAUUCGAGGGCGUCAUCUCUCCUCCGCCGACGGAACGACGCCGCUUACCUUCGUUUAUGGCAACGAGACUUAUCGGAUUGGUGCUUUUGGACAUUUGCAUUAUGCGAAUGUUUCUGUGGGGACACCAAGCACAUCAUACCUUGUGGCCUUAGACACGGGCAGUGAUUUGCUCUGGUUGCCAUGUGAUUGUAGCAGUUGCGUGCAUGGCGUAAAGCUCUCAAAUGGAGAUGUAGUAGAAUUUGAAAUCUACAGCCCUAAUACGUCGUCAACAAGCAAAAAGGUUUCUUGCAACAGCACAUAUUGUGAACAACCACAACACUGCGCUUCAGCAGCUAGUGAUUGUCAUUACAAGAUUGAGUAUCUGUCGAAUGACACCUCAUCUACGGGGGUCCUGGUAGAGGAUGUUUUGCACCUAACCACUGACGAUGCAAAACAAAAAGAUGUUAAUGCACGGAUUGGUUUUGGUUGUGGUAAGGAGCAGACUGGAAUAUUUUUGAGUGGUGCAGCUCCGAACGGUCUAUUAGGGCUUGGUAUGGAUGAUGUAUCCGUUCCUAGCAUUUUAGCGAAACAGGGGCUUGCUUCAAAUUCUUUUUCCAUGUGUUUCGGACUUGAUGGAUCUGGGAGAAUUAGCUUUGGUGAUAAUGGAAGCUUAGACCAAGCUGAAACGCCAUUCAAUCUUAAAAAUAGGAGUGCAUAUCCAACUUACAACAUUACCAUUACUCAAAUAGCUAUUGGAGAAAGUGUUACCGAUCUUGAAUUCUAUGCGAUUUUUGACUCUGGUACCUCAUUUACAUACCUAAAUGAUCCAGCUUACACACAGAUUACUGAGAAUUUCAACAGCGCACUAAAAAACAAGCGGCGUUCGAAGGAUUCUAGCAUCCCUUUUGAAUACUGUUAUGAUAUAAGGCCAAAUCAAACAGUGAACUUGACGACGAAAGGUGGAAAGCAAUAUUCUCUGCUUGAUCCGCUAGUGGUUAUUGCUAAUGAAGAUGGAACAACAAUGUUUUAUUGUCUGGGCAUUGUCAAAAGUGGAGAUGUAAAUAUCAUUGGACAAAACUUCAUGACGGGCUAUCGUGUAAUUUUUGACCGUGAGAGGAUGGUUGAGUUGACACCGUCACUCUUCCUGUCACUAAAUCCAAAUCUCCGGCCGCAUCCCCUAGCACUACCAUCAAUCCAGAAGCCACGGCAGGGAGUACCGACACUUCUCAUAUACCACCACCAAAUCAUUCACCCAAGUUGA